AUGAAAAUAGACGCUGCUGCGGUGCACUGCACGCGUGAAAGCUUCUCACAGUACGCACACCAACGAUGCGCGAACUCUCCGUGGGAGCUCAGAUCAAAGCGUGACGCGUUUGGGGCCUCUGUGGAGUGGCUAGAGGCUACCUACAGUGUCGGCAGCUCACUUGAUGCGACCACGCGGACGGUUGUCACCACAGUGUGUGUCCUUUUCAACGCCGACUACGCCGUGCCGCAAUUGGGCUUCUACAACUCUACCGUCACGAGCCUCGCGGAUCUUCGGGUGGCGGUGCCAAAUCUUACACUGGUUAACAUGCCGUCGUCUGUGCCACUGGCCGAUGCGAUGGGAACGUCACGUCAACCGCUAGCGAGCUUCUCAUGGUGCCAGGAGCUGGGCCAGUACAUGUGGCUCGUGCACCCCUGCGACACGGAAAAUGUCCUGCGCUGCAGGCGAUACGACGGUGAACAAGGUGACGUGCUCAGCAUCUUUCUGCGAGCCAUGUCCGACUACUUCCCUUUUGCGCCCCUACUUGUGCCACGUGCGGGAGGGAAUGGCGAUGCGGCACGUACAUGA